AUGAUUAUUGUAGCACUGCCCGCUAUGGUGUACCUCACGAUAGGCAGGAUGGAGUCGCUAACGCAAGGAAUUCUAAGGUUCAAACCUCAUGGAGCUGCUAGUAUAGCUAACACAAGUUUCUUCUUGUGGACUCCUUUGAAUUUAGUGGCAAUCAAGUACCUGAUUGUAACUGCUAAGUAA